AUGACCGCUGUCUCCUACACCAUUGAACCUAUCGAAGGCCGUGCCGCUAUCCAAAAGAACUUCGUGAAACUACCUGAACGUGCUGCUAACUAUUCAAAUCGUCAUGUUACUCUCAAUGAAAGGUUUUCUAUCAUAGAACGAGGUUAUUACCUCAAGCCUGUUGAACUGCCAAAAGCUGCGCAACCCACGCCACGAGUUAGUCUUGUUUGUAUGAAUGCCGUGUCAAGGGAAGAGGUAAUGGCCAGUACCAUGGCGAAAAUAGAGAAGAAACAAGUGGAGGAGCAACGAAGAUUGGCAAAG